GCCAUAGUAUGUAAAACUCCAUUUUUGGAAAAUGGCACAAUUAAUCCAAGAGAGGACAUAUUUCAGCAUAAUAUGGUGGUACGUUUUAACUGUAACGAAGGAUUCACAAGAGUUGGCUCUGAAUCUGCACAAUGUUAUCACUUUGGAUGGUCUCCACAACCUCCAAUAUGUAAAGAAAAUGUUAAACCUUGUCCGGCAUUACCCAUCAUUUCACAUGGCAGAGUUACUGGUGAAUCUAAAGCAGUAUUUCAGCAUGGUGAUCUAUUGGAAGUUCAUUGUGAGAUCUCAUUUGCACUAUAUGGAUCAAAAAUCAUAGAGUGUGUGGAUGGUGAAUGGGCACCCUUACCCUCAUGCGUAGAGGAAGUAAGAACUUGUAGACCACCUCCAACAAUUAAAAAUGGAUAUUUUGUGAAUGGUGAGUCAUCCACAUACAGGCAUGGUGACACCGUGGAAUACAGAUGCCAAAAAAUAUAUAUCAUUAUUGGGACCAACCCAGCCAAGUGUCUUCAUGGGCAGUGGGAAAUACCAUCAUGUGUUGUUAACCAACAAAGUUGUACACGUCCAUGGUAUGCAGACUUUCAACCAACUGUUCAGACUACAAAGCCGUUUAAGACCGACCAGUUUGCAAACUAUCGCUGUGGUUCCAAUCUGCAUCAAACAAAAUGUAUUAAUGGAUUAUGGUUUCCUGUGCCACGGUGUGAAGGUAUGGUUUGCAUGCUAUGUACAAGUUUAUAGUUUCUUCAAUAGGAUGCUGUUAAUCAUCUCUAAAAAAUAAAAGUGGGACACACCUGAGGACAGUCUUCCUACAUAACAUCUUUUGAUGGCACACAGUUUCUUCUGAAAAGCUUCUUUAUAAUCCCAUGAACUGUGCAUGCUUUGUCUAAUCUGAUGCUGCAGUGAGACAGUGAAUGUAUCCAUUUCAAAAUAAAAG